AUGCAUCAAAUACUUGUAGCAGAUGCUCAGAAACUGUUCAACUAUAAGGACAUGGGUUGCAACCCCCUUGCACAAACUGGCCGAAGCAAACUGCAGAAUCAGAGGGCUGCCUUGAACCAACAGAUCCUGAAAGCUGUGCGGAUGAGAACGGGAGCAGAAAACCUUCUGAAAGCAGCCACGAACCACAAGGUACGCGAGCAGGUGCGCCUGGAACUGAGCUUUGUGAACUCAGACCUGCAGAUGCUCAAGGAAGAGCUGGAGGGGCUCAACAUCUCAGUGGGAGUCUAUCAGAGCACAGAGGAGACGUUUACAAUCCCGCUGAUUCCACUUGGCCUGAAGGAAACCAAGGAUGUUGACUUUUCAGUUGUUCUCAAGGAUUUUAUUCUGGAACACUACAGUGAAGAUAGCUACCUAUAUGAAGAUGAAAUAGCAGAUCUUAUGGAUCUGAGACAAGCUUGUAGGACGCCCAGCCGGGAUGAGGCCGGGGUUGAGCUGCUGAUGAGUUAUUUCCUCCAGUUGGGCUUUGUUGAGAGCCGAUUCUUCCCGCCUACCCGACAGAUGGGGAUCUUGUUUACAUGGUAUGACUCCCUGACCGGGGUUCCAGUCAGCCAGCAGAACUUGUUACUGGAGAAAGCCAGCAUUCUGUUUAACAUUGGAGCCCUCUACACACAGAUUGGGACCCGGUGUAACAGGCAGACGCAAGCUGGGCUGGAGGGGGCAAUGGAUGCGUUUCAGAAAGCCGCAGGGGUUUUAAACUACCUGAAAGAGACAUUUACUCACACACCGAGUUAUGACAUGAGUCCUGCCAUGCUCAGUGUGCUGGUCAAAAUGAUGCUUGUCCAGGCCCAAGAAACCGUGUUUGAGAAAAUCUGCCUUCCUGGGAUCCAGAAUGAGUUCUUCAUGCUGGUGAAGGUGGCUCAGGAGGCUGCCAAGGUGGGAGAGGUCUAUCAGCAGCUGCACGCGGCCAUGAGCCAGGCGCCAGUGAAGGAGAACAUCCCCUACUCCUGGGCCAGCGUGGCCUGUGUGAAGGCCCACCACUAUGGAGCUCUGGCCCACUACUUUGUAGCCACACUCCUCAUCGACCACCAAUUGAAGCCGGGUACAGAUGAAGACCACCAGGAGAAGUGCCUGUCCCAGCUCUAUGACCACAUGCCAGAGGGGCUGACGCCCUUGGCCACGCUGAAAAACGCGAACCAGCGCCGACACCUGGGCAAGUCCCAUCUGCGCAAAGCCAUUGCCCAUCACGAGGAGUCUGUGAGGGGAGUGAGCCUAUGCAAGAAGCUCCGCAACAUCGAGCUGCUGCAGGAGGUGCUGUCCGUGGCACACCAGCGAUCCCAGCUCAAAUACACUCAGCACCAGGAGGACGAUGACCUGAUGAACUUGAUCGAUGUUCCUGACAUUAUUUCUAAAACUGAGCGAGAGGUUGAAAUUACAGUGCCACAGUUCUCCACGGUGACAGCAACGGACUUCUUCCGGAAAUUGGGUCCUUUGUCGGUGUUUUCGGCCAACAAGAGAUGGACACCUCCUCGAAGCAUUCACUUCACUGUGGAAGAAGGGGACUUAGGGUUCACCUUGAGAGGAAAUUCUCCAGUUCAGGUCCACUUCCUGGAUCCUUACUGCGCUGCUGCGCUGGCAGGAGCCAAGGAAGGGGAUUAUAUUGUUUCCAUUCAAAAUGUGGAUUGUAAAUGGCUGACAGUGAGCGAGGUUAUGAAACUGCUGAAGAGCUUCGGCGAGGACGACAUUGAGAUGAAGGUUGUGAGCCUCCUGGACUCCACCUCAUCCAUGGUGAGGCUGACACCCCUGGUAGUAAAUAGCAAAGUGGGGUGAGGUUGGUGUAACCUC